AUGAAGGUUGCAUGCCUCUUGCCAUUACCCUUGCUACUGGCCCCCUUCACCCACGCCGCAGACUACCUCGUCCGCUUCAAGGAAGGCACCCCCGCCCCAGUUACCCAACAAAAUGGCAUCUCCAGGAUCGAGACCUUCGCCACCGUCCAGUCUGCAGGAGGAGCCUCCCAACCCAAGUUUGACUACCACUCCAACGUACUCGCCCUCACCGUCUUGUCUCUCUCCCAGGCCAAGGCCUUAACGACUCACGGUGACAAGAACAAGCACCGUCAUGGCAAGUCCAAGGCCCAGGUUGAGACUACCGCCACAGCAGAGGCGACAGGAGGUGAGACUGCUGUUCAGAUCAAGUCCAAGGGUCGCUGGUUCACUUUUGACGACUCUGAGUUCCAUGUCUGGCACGGAGACUUUUCGGAGACCGAGGCCAAGAUGUUGGCCCAAGAUGCCGGUGUCGAGAUGGUCGAAAAGGAUAUGGUGAUCAGGUUCCCUGAGCUGGAACAGUACAGCAACCAGACGGCCACGGCACUCAAGAUCAUGAACCUCGAGCGGGCCUAUAGCCUUGUGGACGAGCACUUGUCGGCCUUGGAGCUCAAGACGGCGAGGAAGAAGGCUGUGGAGAAGGAUGCAGAGGUGCAUAUCCCCAACAUUGACGAGAAGGAGUCGUCGUCGCGGCGCAAGUCGAGCAAGAAGAUGCACUUCGCGAGCGAGUUUGUGCAGCCUGUCACUGCCGAGGAUAUUCCUGGACCCAACAAUGCCUACACUAUCCAACAGCAUGCACCCAGUUGGGGUCUGCCACGCGUCUCUCAGCGCACUCUCCCACUCAGCUCCGACUACCUCUACCCUAACUCGGCCGGAGAAGGUGUCGACGUCUACGUCAUCGACACCGGCAUCAACAUCCACCAUGUCGACUUUGAGGGCCGCGCUCGCUGGGGUGUCACCACCGUCCCCGGCGCACCCAACACCGACGACAACGGUCACGGCACCUUCGUCGCCGGUGUCAUCGGCUCUCGCACUUUCGGUGUCGCCAAGAAGGUCAACCUGAUCGCCGUCAAGGGCCUUAACAAGGAGGGCACCUCGACCCUCUCCCAGAUCCUGGCCGCUCUUGACUGGGUCACCAAACAGAACGCUAGUUCGUCCAACCACCGUAAUGUCGUUAACCUCUCCCUCGGGGCCGGCUACUCCAAGGUCCUCAACUCUGCCAUUGAUGCCCUGGUUCGGUCCGGCUUGUUUAUCGUCGCCGCGGCCGGAAACGGAGACGAGCACAAUAUCGGUCAAAACGCCUGCAACUACUCCCCUGCCUCCGCACCUACGGCCUUCACAGUCGGAUCGACCAACAUAAGCGACCAGAUGUCGUCCUUCUCUAACUAUGGUCCAUGUGUCAACAUCUACGCCCCCGGUGAGCGUGUCCGCUCAACCUGGAUAGGUCCCACCAACCGCGAGAUCUACACCGACAGUGGCACCUCCUUCUCUGCACCCAACGUCGCCGGUAUCGCCGCCCUCGUCAUGAGCGCCGAGAGUGGGGACCGUUCAGACGGAUCCUGGUCACCCAAGGGCAUCGGCAGCCGCAUCCUCCAGCUCGGAACCCGCAACGUCAUCCGCAGCUUCAAGGGCCCCACCAACACCAACCUCUUGGCCUUCAACGGGGCUGGCAUCAUCGGUAUCGGAAGCAACAACAGCAGCAACAAUGGUACCAAUAAUAACCAAGGCGGUGGAGAUAACAACAAUGGAGGCAACGGUGGUGGUGGGGAUAACGGUCCAAAGGUUCCCCCUUUUGGAUCAAAUACCACCACCCCACUCGUUAAUGGCGCCGCAUCUGUCAGCAGUAUCUCGAACCAUGGACCCACCCUCAGUGUCUUGCAGACAUUGACGAUCUUGUCUAUUGUUGGUGCUACGUUUGCGUCUGUUGUGCUUUCGUUGUAA